AUGGUACAGCACCUUAGCAAUCAAGAUAAAGAAGCAAGGUUAGCAUUUUGUCAAGAAUUUUUGGAUUUACAUCAAGUAAAUUGUGAAUUGCUCCACAAUCUCCUAAUGAGCGACGAAGCAAAUUUUUAUUUGAACGGCAUGGUUAAUAAACAGAAUUUUAGAUACUGGUCAAAUGAAAAUCCUCGUGAAAUCUUUACACAGAACCUCCAUAAUCCAAAAGUUAUUGUGUGGUGUGGAGUAGGAUCUUUUGGUAUUAUUGGUCCAUAUUUUUUUAAGGAUGAAAAUAACCGCGCUGUAACAGUAACAUCCGAGCGCUACGUAAACAUGCUAGAGACAUUCCUCAUUCCAGAAUUAAAUAGACGAGGAUUACUAAACAAUCCCUUACUAUUCCAACAAGAUGGGGCAACAGCUCAAACCGCCAGAAACUCAAUGAGGGUUCUGCGAGAAAUGUUUAAUGGUCGACUCAUUUCUCGAUUCGGAGAUUUACCUUGGCCUUCGAGGUCCCCCGACUUAACGGCACCCGAUUUUUUCCUGUGGGGAUAUUUAAAAGCCAAAGUGUUUGCGAGUCGUCCAGGUACAAUCGAGGAACUCAAAGUCAAAAUUCGUGAAGAAGUUGAAGGAAUAGACGAAGGUUUGCUACGCCGUGUAAUGAACCACUUUUUAUCUAAUAUUAAAAAAUGUGUUGAAGUUGGUGGAGGUCAAUUAGAAGACGUGAUUUUUAAAAGUUAG